GGGGGAGUGGGGGCAGCAAUGAAACUGUGGUUGAUAAAAACCAACCUUUCACUUGAAGACAACCACAAGCAAUAGUUUCUGAGGCAGUGGGAGUGGACAGACGCCGAUAGUCGAGCUGAAUGAAACCAGUGUUGAGCCAACUCACCAGACUCAGAAGAACAACACUCUUGACUCCAACAAUACCCUCAUCCCACCGACUCCUCCCAUCGAUCAACCAAAAGAGACUCGUCGGAUCGAUUUACUACAGAAUGUCAUCCACCAAUCAAACGAGCCAAUUCGGGGACUGGCCUGCCCACAAAGUUAGGAAAACGUUCUUCGAGUACUUCCAGAACCAACAUGCUCAUACUUUCGUCCAUUCUUCGAGCGUCGUCCCGUUCGAUGAUCCUACUCUGCUCUUUGCUAAUGCUGGAAUGAAUCAAUAUAAGCCCAUCUUCCUCGGAACGAUCGACCCAUCCCAUCCAUUCAAGAAUCUGAAGCGAGCCGUGAACAGUCAAAAGUGUAUCCGAGCGGGAGGGAAACACAACGACUUGGAUGAUGUGGGGAAGGAUACCUACCAUCACACGUUCUUCGAGAUGCUCGGGAACUGGUCCUUCGGCGACUACUUCAAAAGCGAAGCCAUCCACAUGGCCUGGGACCUCCUCACGCGUGUCUAUGCUCUCCCCAAGGACAGACUCUAUGUCACUUACUUCCAGGGCGAUCCCGCUCAGAAUCUCCUCCCCGAUCUCGAAUCUAAGCAGAUCUGGAUCGACUUGGGCGUCCAUCCUGAUAAGGUGCUUCCCGGUAAUGCUAAGGACAACUUUUGGGAAAUGGGUACAAGUGGACCAUGUGGACCAUGCUCAGAAAUACAUUAUGAUCGAGUAGGAGGACGAAAUGCGGCAGAACUAGUAAAUCAAGAUGACCCAAUGGUGCUAGAGAUCUGGAACAAUGUGUUUAUUCAAUACAACCGGGAGCCGUCGGGGUCUCUGAAGCCGCUUCCGGCGCGACAUGUGGACACUGGGAUGGGUUUUGAACGACUCGUAUCAGUCCUACAAGACAAGACGAGCAACUAUGACACCGAUGUUUUCAAGCCGCUAUUUGACCGGAUCCAAGAACUCACCGGUGCUAGACCCUAUGCCGGUAAAUUGGGCGAGGACGACGUGGACGGAAUCGAUACUGCUUAUCGGGUGAUCGCUGACCAUGUUCGCACACUCACCUUUGCUAUCUCGGAUGGCGGCGUACCCAACAACGUCGGUCGUGGUUACGUUCUUCGUCGGAUCCUCCGACGGGGUGCACGCUACGUCCGCAAGAAAUUCGACGUGCCGAUCGGGAACUUUUUCUCUCGUUUAGCGCCGACAUUGAUCGACCAGAUGGGCGACGUAUUUCCAGAGAUCAGAUCGAAGACGGAAGAGUUGAAAGAGAUCCUAGAUGAGGAGGAGGCAUCGUUUGCCUUGACGCUAGAUCGAGGAGAGAAGAUGUUUGAGAAGUAUGCGGAGAAGGCCAAGAAGGAAGGCAAGAAGAACUUGGACGGCCAAGACGUCUGGCGGUUAUAUGACACCUAUGGUUUCCCCGUCGAUCUCACCCUCUUGAUGGCCGAGGAAGCUCGGUUGGGCAUCGACCAUGAUGGGUUUGAGAUGGCCCAGGCUGCCUCAAAGGAGCUCUCUAAGGGCGGUAAGAAGAAAGUCGUCGGGACUGCCGUCGAGUUGGAUGUACAUGCCAUUGCUGAACUAGAAUCUAAUGACAAGGUUCCCAAGACCGAUGACUCGAGCAAAUUUGCUUCGAGUAGUAUCACCGCGACAGUCAAGGCGAUUUAUUAUGAUGGGAAGUUCCACUCAUCCACCGAAGCUGUCCCUUCAUCCUCACGAUGUGGGAUCAUAUUGGACAAAACGAACUUUUACGCGGAGCAAGGGGGCCAAGAGAACGACACGGGUAGCUUGACGAAUCCGGAGAAGCAGACGACGUUUGAUGUUGAAGAUGUGCAAGUCUACAAUGGAUAUGUGCUUCACAGCGGUUUGGUUUCGGAAGGCGUUCUGCAGGUAGGAGACUCGGUCUCAGCAGCCUAUGACGAGCUACGCCGGUGGCCGAUCCGAAACAAUCAUACGGGGACCCAUGUGUUGAACUGGGCGCUUCGAGAGACCCUUGGAGACCACAUUGACCAGAAAGGGUCAUUGGUCGCCCCGAGCAAGUUGCGCUUCGACUUCUCCCACAAACAGCAGGUGACCAUCGACGAGCUCUCGAAGAUCGAAAGCACAUGCAAUCAGUGGAUCAGCAAGAGCUUUCCCGUGGCGGCGCGGGAGAUGCGCUUGGAUGAGGCCAAGAAAAUCCCCGGGCUGAGGGCCGUCUUCGGCGAGGCUUACCCGGACCCCGUGCGUGUCGUCGUCGUCGGCCCAAACCCCUUCGAUCUCUUGGACGCAGACCUUACGGACCCUAAAUGGUCGAACUACAGUGUUGAAUUUUGUGGAGGAACGCAUGUGAAGCUCACCAGUGAAAUCAAACAGCUCGUCCUGGUCGAAGAAUCCGGGAUCGCUAAAGGCGUCCGGAGGAUCGUCGCCGUCACUGGGGAAGAGGCCCGCAGCGUCUCUCAACAGGCUAAGGAUAUCGAGGCUAAACUCGACCAGAUUAUCGGCUUGCCUGUUAAGGAUCGGGAAGCUGCUCUCAAGACUUUCUCUGUCGAAUUGGCAGCACUCGAAAUCUCAGUGAUCCUGAAAUCUAAACUCAAACUCAAGUUCAGUCAAGCCCAAAAAGAGCUGGUCGAACUAGCCAAGAUCCAAGCCAAGGCCGACGAGAAGAAGGCUCUUCAAGUGGUGAAUGAUUGGAUCAAAGAACACCCGAACGAAAGGGUGAUGACGAGUGUCCUAGACCUAGGCUCGAACUCGAAAGCUUUAGGCGUGGCAUGUGGACAGCUCAAGAGUUCCGGGAAGGCCGGCUACUUGUUCAGUGUCAACGCGCUCGACAAGAAGGUCUUCCACGCCAGCGCCCUGCCUGAACAAGAUCUGAAGGCCAAGCCCUCCUGGAACGCGAAGCUUUGGAUGGACCAGGUCUCGAAAGUGCUCGGUGGAAAAGGCGGCGGGAAGCCUGAGUUGGCCCAAGGCGUGGGCACUUAUUCUGGCACGGAAAACCUCGAUCAGGCCGUUCAUCUCUCUAAGCAGCUCUAUCUUGACACUUUUAAUGCCGCUUCAUGAUCCUUUUUUACUUCUGUUUUCUUUCUUUGCUCUGUCUAUUUACAUAUUGUGAUUGAAUGAAAAAACACACACACACACAAUGUUGCUUAGAUUUUUUUCUCAUUAAUACUGGUUUGACUUCGUUGCGGUCAGAGGUCUUUUUUUCAAGAGAAAGUCAAACCUUGCAAGGCCUUGCAACUUUGUCUGUCCCUUAUAAUUUCAUGCCAAACUGAGGCUUACUCUACUGGAUUUGGGAAAACGAGUGUGAGCGAGCUGGGUAAAAUGGAGGCCAAGCUUCGAAUCC